GUAACGUGUCGGAAAUUGAAUAUAGCUUUGUCUAAAAGAGCCAUAAGUUUUUGUAACCGCGAAUCUUGAGACGCGUUUAUAAAAUAUAUUAAAUAUCAUUACUUUCAAACUUAUUUUGCAAUAACUCUUGAAAUGAAUUCUUUUGUUGAAAAAAUGAUUUUUCUUAAUAACAUAAGAAUAUUAUUGUUCCAUAGUUGGUAACAAAAGGGCGUUGACACGCAAUCAGAAAAGCGAACCUAGAGAGACACGUGAAGAUGCAUCUUUGACUAUCUUUUAUUAUAUCAGUGGUUGCACUGUUAACAAUUCGUUGUAUUGGUUGACUUUUAUAUGAAUUCAUUACAAACAUGUCAAUUAAUUUAACAAAAAACAAAGAUACGUUGGUGGCCGCUUGGCACAGUGUAGUCGACGAUAAGUCGUCUACUAACUGGGCUGUAUUUGGAUAUGAAGGUCAGACAAAUAACUUGAAAGUUGUUGGUACAGGGAAUGGUGGAUUAGAAGAAAUGAUUGAUCGUUUAAGUAGUAGUCAUAUUAUGUAUGCCUUCUGCCGUGUGAUUGAUACUAAAACAAGUUUACCAAAAUGUUUAUUAAUUAAUUGGCAAGGAGAAGGUGCACCUAUUGUUAGAAAAGGAACAUGCGCAAACCAUAUUAGAGAUGUAGAAAAAUUAUUAAAAGGUGCACAUAUAACAAUUACUGCUCGUUCCGAAGAUGACGUGGAAGUUGAUGUUAUUAUGGAGAAACUUGCAAGAGCUACUGCUUCUGCAUAUAAAUUUAAUGAACCACGUAGUGAAAAUGAUGCACACACAGGUCCUAUUGGCACAACAUAUAAACGAGUAAUACCAGAACAAGAAAUAAAUGCAACGGAGAGAGAUCAAUUCUGGCAAAGAGAAGAAAUUGAAGAAAAGAAAAGACUGGAACAAGAAAGAAUUCGAAAUGAACAAGAGCGUCAAAGAUUAGAAAAGGAAAUUAGAAUGAGAGAAGAGAAAGAAAGUCAAUUGAGAGAACAACAGGUAUCUGCUAAGGAAAGUUCAAUAGCAAGACAAAAAUUAGCAGAACAACGUGCAGAAGAAGCAAAUAAUUUACGUAAUCGUAUAGCAGCUAGUCAACAAUAUAAUGAAGAUAAUGAUGAUGAUCAUAAAUCUAGAAGCGAGGAAUUAAGAAGACAAAGAAGCAAAGAAGCGCAGCAAUUAAUCGCUCAAAGAACAAUAAAUGCUAGAGCUGUUUUUGAACAAAAUUCUGCUGCUGGACAAAUGAAAUCUUCUCAAGUCCAACAUUCUUUACAGAAGGGUGGUCAUGUAGAAGCUGCUAAAAAAGCAAUUGAGGAAAGUCAACAAAAGGAGCAUGUAGAUAUUAAACCUCAGGAAGCAACACCAGUAGAAGUAAAAAAGAUAAACGAUACAGAAACAUUAACAAAUUCUGCUACAGAAGUGGUAAAUACUAUUACACCUCAUGAUUCAAAAAUAUCUUCACACGAAACAGAGACUGAACAAACUAAUAAGGAAGAUAUCACUGAUAAUGAAUUAUAUAAUCAGCUUGAUGGUUCUUAUUUAUAUUUUGAUCCCAAUAAUGAGGGUAUGAAAGCAAGAGCUUUGUAUGAUUAUCAAGCUGCGGAUGAUACAGAGAUUACUUUUGAUCCUGGUGAUAUAAUCACUCACAUAGAUGCCAUUGAUGAAGGUUGGUGGCAAGGACUGGGUCCUGAUGGGACAUAUGGAUUAUUCCCAGCUAAUUAUGUAGAAGUUAUUGAUUAUAAUACAACAUGAUAGAGGAUAUAUUUUGGACAACAAAA